AUUUUAAAAUUUACAAACGUCAAAUAUGGCUGCGCCCACUGGUUGCAUACAGAAACAAAAUUAGAUCUACUAAUUUUUGAAGUAAUCGCAAAAUGGCUGAUGCCUACUCAUUUGUCAAAGGUGGGAAGCUAAAGUUAAAGGGCCAAAAAGACAAAAAACAUAAGAAGCAUAAAAAGAAGAGAAAGCAUGAUGAGGUGGAAGAGACCUCAGGAAUUGGGGCACAUGUAGACUCUGAUGUUGCAGCUCAUGGUGGAUGGUGGGUUGCAAAAAAGUUUGAAGAUAUAACGGGGAAUGUUGCCAUAGAAGUGGGGGAUAGUCGUUAUGUCUCUGCCGUAGAUAACGGCACAUUCAAACUUGGAGCAGCAAGGGAUCAAGGUGAUGGUCCAGAUGCAGAGGAAAUUCUAACAGCUGUGCAAGUCUCGGACACAAAAAUUGCUCUUAAGUCUGGAUAUGGGAAAUACUUAACUGUGGAUCCAGACGGUGAUGUCACAGGAAGGGCGGAUGCUAUCGGAGUGCGCGAACAAUGGGAACCUGUUUUCCAAGAGGGUAAAAUGGCACUGAAUGGAAGCAAUGGCAAGUUUUUGUCUGCAAACAGAGAUGAUGAAAUUGUUUGUCUCACUUCCAAAGCUGGGGAGCAGGAAAUGAUCAAGGUCCGGGUAAACAUUUCAUUAGAUGUUGAUCCUAUGGAGAAUAUACCAAAAGAAGAACGAGGCAAAGUCAAAGAAACAGAGGUCAACUACGUGAAAAAAUUUCAAAGCUUUCAAGACAGAAGGUUAAAAAUAAGCAAAGAAGAUGUGUCAGAUCUUAAAAAGGCCAAAAAGGAGGGAAAAUUCCAUGAAACUCUGCUUGACAGGAGAGCAAAAAUGAAGGCAGACCGUUACUGCAAGUAAGUCCAGCAGACCUGAUGUUGGAGAAUGUGAGAGGAACGCGUGUCGGACAUACAGCAGAUUAUGUGUUCAUGCAAUGGAGUCGAUGACUGCACAAUAUGGAGAUCUGUGACUUACAGUCUGCUUUCAGUGUUCUAAUUUAAAAAUGACAUUUUGAGAGCAAGUGACUGCUUAAAAGUCGAUGGAGUUAACAAUGUUUGUAAGUCAGGUCAUAUGUCUUGACGGAAUUUAGAUUCUGUCGAGUGGAUUUUAAUCAAUGUCCUUUUUUAUUAUUAUGAUACAUGAACAAUGUCUAUAUAUUUUGAGGAUUUUCAUUAAAUCUUUUAUAGAGUA